AACAAAUAAAUAUUCUGUUCACAAUCAGUAACUAAAUUGCUAGUGAUAAUAGUAUAAAUUUAUGAAAUCCGUAUAUUUUAACAGUCAUGGCAUUCGAAAAGCACGGUAUUGUACCUGACGUCAUUGACAAGGCGCCGCCGAAAGUCCUCGAUGUUUCAUAUCCGAACAACAUCAGUGUCGCUGAAGGGAAUGUCCUAACACCAACGCAGGUAAAAGAUCAGCCAACUGUGACAUGGCAAGCAAGUUGUGACGAUUAUUAUUUGCUGUGUAUGAGUGACCCCGACUCACCAACUCCGAAAGAACCAAUUUUUGGGGAAAUCAAACAUUGGCUUGUCGGAAAUAUUCCAGGUAACGAUCUCUCUAAAGGUGACGUAUUGGCUGAAUAUUUCGGUUCAGGACCUAAAGAAGGCUUACAUCGCUACAUAUUUCUGCUCUAUAAGCAGCCAAGUAAGAUAGACUUCAUGGAAAAAAGGGUCAGCAGGACGUCACGCGAAGGAAGGAUAAAAUUUUCAAUUCGUAAUUUUGCUAAGCAGUAUAACUUGGGCGAUCCUGUUGCUGGAAACUUCUAUCAAGCGGAAUGGGACGAAUAUGUACCUAUUUUACAUAAACAAUUUGAACAGACUGCGUAAUGAGUGCUCUUUCUUUUUAAUUCACAUAUACUACCUCUGUCAUACUGUUGCUGUCGUAAUUUUGUAAAUAAUAUUUAAAAGAAAUAU